AUGACAAAUACUCUUCGGAAAUCAUUUCGUUAUCGCCUACGAAAAAAAACUCAUAGUGAUGAUCAUGUGUAUCCAUGUAUUGAUACAAAUGAUUGUUCAAAUUCAAAAUUAAAUUUAGUUAAACCGGUGAAAUCAAAAAAUUUUCUACAACGUCGAAGACAACGACGUCAUUCAUCAUCAUCAUCUGAACAAGCUAAAUCAAAAGUAUUUGAACCUCGUUAUGAUAUUCAUUAUAAUUCUGAUGAUGAUCCAUUUUCAUCAUCAAUAAAUUCUUAUUCACAUCCAUUUGAUCGUUUAACUUCUCAAAUACGUAAAUCAUUUCGAAAUACAUUAAGACGACAACGUUCAAGAUUUGGAAGUAAUAAUUCAAAUAAACAUUUAAUAUUAAAUAAAAAUGAUGAAAAUCCAAUAUUUUAUCCAAAAUUAUCUACAGGUCUAACAUCACCUUUAAUAAUAACAAUUGAUAAUGAUAAAAAACAAUUUCCAAUCAAACAACGAAAAGCACCAUUAGCACCUACACAUAUAAAUCAAUCAACAUCUGUACCUAUUGAAAUCAAUAAUAAAAAUCAACAAACCAAUUCUAUAUCAUCAAAUAAUCAACAAAUAAAUAAUAAUAUAAAAAAUUUAAAAAAAACAAAUUUAAAUCGUUUAUUUCGAAUAAAUAUUUCAUUUCUACCAAAAAAACAUGAAGAAAAUCAACAACAUGAAAAAAUAACAUUUCGUCAACGAUUUGAUUCACUAAGACAUUCAUUUCAUUUUGUCAAUCGAAAUUCAUCCAAAACAUAUAAUAAUUAUUUGCUUUCAAAUGAAUAA